AUGAAAACAUUAUCAUCAUCACAUUCUUUCAAUUUCAUUCACUUUUCCAACUUCAACCCUUCUUCUUCUUCUUCUUCAUUUUCUUCUUCUUCACUGUCCUUCAACAAACCUCAAAAUAAGACUCCAACAGCAACAUCUGCACCCGCAACCACCACAACCACCGUCACGCAAACCAGAAACACAAACCUAAACCCUAAAAUAAAAAAGGUAUUCUUUUUAGACGUGAAUCCUCUUUGUUACGAAGGAAGGAACCCUAGUUUGCAUAAUUUUGCUCAAUGGCUUUCAAGUUUUCUGUCUCCUCAAAUCACUCAAUCUCACCCUGUUAUAGCUGUUGUUGAUGGUGAAAGGGGAAGUGAAUAUCGGAGAAAGUUGCUUCCUUCUUAUAAAGCCAAACGGAUCAAAUUCACCAGAAAAUUUCCAACUGGUGGUGGUGUUGGUGAUGGCUAUGUUGGAAGGUUUCAUCCAGUUAUCAGUGAUGUUCUUCGAAAAUGCAAUGUGCCUGUUGUAAAAGUUGAUGGCCAUGAAGCUGAUGAUGUUGUAGCUACACUUGCCGAACAAGUUCUCAAAAAAGGGUUUCGAGUGGUGAUUGCCUCCCCUGAUAAGGAUUUUAAGCAACUUAUUUCCGACAAUGUGCAAAUAGUUAUGCCUUUGCCAGAGUUACAAAGGUGGUCCUUCUACACUAUGAGACAUUACAGAGAUCAGUAUAACUGCGAUCCCCAAUCUGAUCUGAGCCUCAGAUGUAUUAUAGGCGAUGAAGUUGACGGUGUUCCUGGUAUCCAACAUCUGGUCCCUAGUUUUGGCUGGAAAACUGCUCUAAAACUUAUUAAAAAACACGGUUCGUUGGAAGCUUUACUAAAUGCGGCUGCAGUAAGGACUGUGGGCAGACCAUAUGCACAAGACGCCCUUAAAAAGUAUGCUGAUUACCUACGGCGGAAUUAUGAAGUUCUUGCCUUGAAAAGGGACGUAAAUGUUGAGCUUUAUGAUGAAUGGUUGGUUGAGAGAGACACACGCAAUGAUACUAUUGCACUAUCUGCAUUGUUCAAAUAUUUGGAAGAAAGUAAGGAGCUCAAGUACAAUUUACGUAUCUAA